AUGGGAACAAAUGCUGAUGCAGAGAAGACCGUUGUGGACUCCUUGAAUGACGGCGACAAUGGCAACGAACAGACUUCGAAUACACCAAUUCCUCUCCACGAGAAACCUUCGGAAGAGCCGACGUUCGACACUGGUCUAACAGCGUGGCUACAAGUUCUAGGAUCUUUCUUCCUGUUUUUCAACUCAUGGGGUGUCAUCAACACGUGGGGGGCUUUCCAGACCUACUAUGAACAGAACAUCCUUUCUGACGUGUCGUCAUCGUCCAUCGCAUGGAUUGGAUCACUGCAGUCUUUCCUUCUUAUGCUUUUCGGGGUCGUGACGGGGCCUCUAUUCGACGCAGGCUAUUUCCGUGCCCUCGUUGGUUUCGGAACUUUCAUGCUCCCUUUCGGGCUUAUGAUGACCAGUAUCUCCACACAGUACUGGCACUUCAUUCUUGCGCAAGGUGUCUGUAUUGGAUUGGCUAGUGGAUGCCUUUUCGUGCCAUCUGUGGCCAUUCUACCGCAGUAUUUCAAGAACAAGAGAGGUUUCGCCAACGGACUGGCGGCCUCGGGUAGUAGCAUCGGCGGUGUUAUCUAUCCGAUCAUGUUCAACCAAUUACAGAACAAGGUUGGAUUUCCAUGGGCAACUCGCGCAGUGGGAUUCAUGGCAUUUGGAUUAUGCUGCUUCUCCUUUUGUCUAAUGCGGAUGCGAUUUCAACCGAAGGAGAAGCGCAAGCUGGUUCAGCUCUCGGCGUUCAAGGAGCCGGCUUUUGUGAUGUUCGCUGUCGCGAUGUUCUUGGGCUUCCUGGGAUUCUACAACUUCUUGUUCUAUGUUCAGUCAUAUGCCAUCGACACCGGCAUCGUGGAUUCCUCCCUGGGCUUCUAUCUCUUGUCGAUGCUGAAUGCCGGAUCCACCUUUGGGCGAAUCCUGCCCAACUUUAUCGCCGAUCAUACCGGUCCCUUAAACAUGCUCACGCCUGCCGCCACAGCCACCGCUAUUCUCGCUUUUGCAUGGAUCGGUGUCCACAACGUUCCCGGGAUAAUCGUCUUGGCUAUCUUGUAUGGUCUUUGCUCUGGCGGCUUUGUGUCGCUGCCUCCGGUAGUGAUGGCCAGUCUGACGAAGGACAUUCGUGACCUGGGCACACGCUUGGGCAUGAUCUUUGCGACUACAUCUAUUGGGCUGCUGAUUGGAACGCCCAUCGGUGGGGCGAUCUUGAACGACACGCAUAAAUACCUCGGAGUGCAGCUCUUCACGGCCUGCUGUCUUAUCACCUCUGCCUCGAUAUUCGCGGCCCUGAGAUUCUCACGCACCGGACCGAGAUUCUUUGUCAAAGCAUGA